AGCACCAAAGUUCACAUCUAAACCCCAUUAGUGACCUUGGCUGAUUUCAUCUUUGCAACACCACUUCUCAGAAGCACAGAGUUCUAGCUCUGCCAAGAUGAAACACCCGUUUCACCCCCUUCUGGUUUCCCUCAUCAUAACAUCUGUGUGUGGGGAGAACAAAGGUCUGCUGGAUCAGCUUGAGAAGGGAGGAGAAACUUAUAAGUCUGUGGAUGCCCAGAUCCCCGCAGAGCAGUUAAAUAACAAAACCUUGAGUACGCCCCUUCUCCCUGCUGACUUCCACAGGGAAAACACAGUCACCAAUGACUGGAUUCCCGAGGGGGAGGAGGACGAUGACUAUCUGGACCUGGAGAAGAUACUCAGUGAGGACGAUGACUACAUCGACAUCAUAGACAGCCUGCAGGUCUCCCCAACAGACUUAGAAGCGAGUGCAGGGAACAUACUCCAGCUUUUCCAGGGCAAGAGCCGCAUCCAGCGUCUUAACAUCCUAAACGCCAAGUUUGCCUUCAACCUUUACCGAGCGCUGAAGGACCAGGCCGGCACUUCCAAUAACGUCUUCAUCGCGCCAGUUGGCAUUUCUACUGCCAUGGGCAUGAUUUCCCUGGGCCUGCGGGGAGAGACCCAUGACCAAGUGCACUCAAUCCUGCAUUUCAAAGACUUUGUUAAUGCCAGCAGCAAGUAUGAGAUCCUGACCAUCCACAAUCUCUUCCGUAAGCUGACUCAUCGCCUAUUCAGGAGGAAUUUUGGGUACACUUUGCGGUCAGUCAAUGACCUCUACGUCCAGAAGCAGUUUCCAAUCCUGGAUGAUUUCAAAGCUAAAGUAAGAGAGUAUUACUUUGCUGAGGCCCAGGCAGCUGACUUCUCAGAUCCUGCCUUCAUAUCAAAAACCAACAACCACAUCCUAAAACUCACCAAGGGCCUCAUAAAAGAUGCUCUGGAGAAUAUAGACCCUGCAACACAGAUGAUGAUUCUGAACUGCAUCUACUUCAAGGGAUCCUGGGUGAAUAAAUUCCCAGUGGAGAUGACACACAACCACAACUUCCGGCUGAAUGAGCGAGAGGUGGUCAAGGUUCCCAUGAUGCAAACCAAAGGGAACUUCCUUGCAGCAAAUGACCAGGAGCUAGACUGUGACGUCCUCCAGCUGGAGUACGUGGGGGGCAUCAGCAUGCUCAUUGUGGUCCCGCACAAGCUGUCUGGGAUGAAGACCCUUGAAGCCCAGCUGACGCCCCAGGUGGUGGAAAGAUGGCAAAAAAGCAUGACAAACAGAACUCGAGAGGUACUUCUGCCAAAAUUCAAGCUGGAGAAGAACUACAACCUGGUGGAGCCCCUGAAGUCGAUGGGGGUUAUGGCGCUGUUUGACAAAAAUGGCAACAUGUCAGGCAUCUCAGAAGAAAGGAUCACCAUUGACCUGUUCAAGCACCAAGGCACCAUCACAGUGAACGAGGAGGGCACCCAAGCUGCCGCCGUGACCAUCGUGGGGUUCAUGCCGCUGUCCACCCAAGUCCGUUUCACUGUCGACCGCCCCUUUCUGUUCCUUGUCUACGAGCAUCGCACCAGCUGUCUGCUGUUCAUGGGGAGAGUGGCCAACCCCAGUAGGUCUUAGAUGGGGAAGUCUGGGCGUCUGAGGUGUUUGGGUGACACUGUGUCACUUUGUUUCCAUUGUAAUAAGAGAACAGAAGUGUCUGACAUCAUGGCGUUUGCUACCAAUCUGAAUUCGGGGUCCAUAUGAAAGAAAAAGUUACAAAUGACUGAGCUCACUGGAAUUAAUUCUGCAUAGCAACCAAUGCCUAUAAGUUCACAGAAAAGUUAAUGGAACUGUACUGUGCCCACUGUCACCAAGGGGGUGGUCUCACCACAGCAACCGGCACCCACAAGUUCACAGAAAAGUUAAAAUAACUAUAGUUUGCCCACAGUCACCUAGGGGGUGGUCUCAGCACAGACUCCAAUGCCCACAAGUUCGCAGAAAAGUGUAAUUGUAGUGUGCCCACUGUCACCUAGAGGGCUCAGCAAUAGGCGGGCCCCUUCCACCUCCUCACAGCAAACCUGGCUCUGUUCCUCAAAACCGUUCUCUACCAGACCCCUCAUUUGAACUCUAAAACACAGAAACAAGUCACAUGACUAACUCCUCACCUCUCCAAAGAGGGUGCACGAUUAGCACCAUUCCUGAUGCUCAGGGGAGAAGUGACCUGUAGCCAUACAAGGGGUUCCCUGGGCUAAUGUUAGGGUUUAAUUCUCUCAAGGCCUGACCUUCCAAAUGCCAUCUGCCUCCUCUUCCCCAUCAUCUCACUGCUACUUGGAGGACAGAAUGUACACACAGCAAUGUCUUCCUGCCUAGUGAUAAAUAAAUGUAGACACUUUUUAUGUGUA